AACGGCAAUUCAUUUAGUCCAUACAGAAUACCGACAUCCGACGAAUAGUUGUUGUAGACCCUGUGGAGGAAUUCAGUUUUAGCUUCACGUUGGCUCAUCCGUUGCCAUUAGAACUGAUAAAUGGCCGUAUUGCCCCCGCUUCCUCUGGCCACCUUUAUACUCUUAGCUCCGAUACUUUACCACUUCAGCAGCCCUCCUGCUCUAUCCGUCGUCAUACUAUACGCUCACUCUGCUAGUAUUAUAAUAUGGCUUACUUCUAUACCGGAAAUACGGCUAUUGUUACAAACCGUUCUAGGCUUUUCGUCAGGACGUGCGUUAUCACACUCUCCGAGUGAAAUGUAUGGCUUGCAGCAUACUUUAUACAACAUUGAUGUCUCUCCACAAGGGUACUGGUUCAAUAUGGGACUAUGGGACGAGAAAAAUAUGGUUUUUGCGGACGGUUGUCGUGCCUUGGUGCACAAAGUUAUAGAUGCAUUGGGUGGUCAAGAUAAGGUACGCAAUACCCGAGUCUUAGAUGUUGGAUUUGGUUGUGGCGACUCUUGCUUCAUGAUGGCGGAGGAGUAUGGAUGCAAUGUCGUUGGCAUUACUAUUGAAGACUCACAGUAUGAAAUAGCACAGGGCCGCCUCCUGAAAUUAACGGACACUUUGAAUUCAAAAAUCAAUUUAUUAAAAGGAUCAGCAACAGACCUAUCCAAGUUGUUGAACCCAAAAGAUAAAUUCGACAUAAUCGUCGCUGUGGAUUGCGCCUAUCACUUUGAUACUCGAUGGUCUUUCUUGCGUUCAAGCUUAGGUCAUCUUUCCCAUUCUGGUCAGAUAGGCCUGUUUGAUGUCGCCAUCCAGCCAAACGCAUUCAACCACCCAUUGAAACGCUGGCUGUUUGAUAAGAUUUGUUCAGGUGGAAAUAUACCAGUACAGAACAUGGUCAAUGCCGACGAGUAUGAGGCUAAGUUACAAGAAAUUGGAUACGUGGAUAUACAUAUUGAACGUAUAGAUGUUGAACGCGUUUAUGGUGGACUCGCUCGUUUCUUGAAGCAACAUGCCGCCAAUUUGACUGAAGCAGGACUGGAACUAAGCUUUGGAAAUUACAAUAGAUUGAUCACGGUUGCCAAAGUACUCGACUUAUUAUGCUGGGGAAAAUGGAUCGAACCUGUGGUAGUCACUGCCAAAAAGCCGAUGUGAAAUAAAGCUAUACCAUUCUUGAAUGAUCUAUGGCUGUCAAUCACUUGGUUUGAAAAGCAACUUGUACAAUGUCUGUGGGAGCCAACUUUGUCAAUCACCGACCGGAGUUGAAUUUUUUUUACCAAUCUUUAGUUUGUCCAAGUUACCAGCUCGUUCCAACUGUCCUUCUUCACAUUCUCAACAUUUAUACAGAAAUGGCUUCUGAACAAAUCAAAGUUGGUGACAUC